AUGAAGGUCCAGAGUUUCUGUCUCUUCUUCUUCUUUCUACUUCUGACUUCAACCCUCGGAGAGGACACAGUUGAAGAGGACAUUGGUGUCCAUCAGAUGGAGCGUUUAGUGGAGAUGUUGACGUCUAAGGAGUGCAAGGACCUUCUAUUCGCCCUCUCUCACCCAGAGGAAAACAUCUUCAAGCGCCUUGAGCGUCUCUCACCAGGAAAGAAUCCACUAGAUCUUAAGCCUCGAGCCAAGAGAGACGCCUCCCCUGCUGCAGAUAGUGAGGCUCAGUGUCGGACGGCCCUGACAGACUGGAUGCUGAGGUAUGGCGAGCAGACCUACUUCGACAGGCUAUCUCGCGCCUUGCAGCACGUCGGCAGAACCGACAUUGCCAUUGAAGUGGGGAAAAACAUCAACCAGGACAAAACCUUGAACCUUAAACGCUACGUUGAAGAUUACCACAAAUAUGUCAACUCUUUAAACUUCCCACCGGAACAAUCAGACUCAAAAGACCAAGAGCAUGAAGCCCAGAGGGUCAGAAAAAGAAGAGUAAGGGAUCUGACAUACCGUGACCUGGACCUGAUCGUGGAGCGGGCUCCUGUCGCUCUUUACCAGAAGGGGCCUUUGGAUGUGGCUCUGCCCUUCUUGUAUGGCAUCCUGCUGGGCUUCGGAGGUACCUUGCUUGCAGGCGUCUCGAUACUUCUCGUCGUCCUACACAUCUCCAAUAGAAACCAGCAGCACUUUCACCCCAGGGCCGCCAGCAGCAAGCUCAUAUUUGAAAAUGCAGGACCUGGGAAGUCAGAGGCUGCAAAGCAAACAGCUUUGGGUUUAACGGAAUAG